ACCGGAGCUGCCCCGGGCCCGCGCGGACCGGAAGCGGAAGCGGCGGCGCGGCGGGAGAUUCGGGCGCUGCCGGCGGCGGCUGCGGGAGCGGCCCGGGCCCCUGGCAGAGCCCAGCAUGGUGCAGAUCGUCAUCUCCAGCGCUGGCACGGGGGCUCUGGCACAGUGGGUGCUGGUGGAGCUGCAGGGUGAGGUGCAGCCCCGGCAGAGCGGGGACCUGGCUGGGAGCCUGCUGGGAGACCUGCACUACACCUGUGAGGGCGUCCCCGUGCUCAUCGUGGGUCACCACAUCCUCUAUGGGAAGGUGGUGCAGCUGGAGAAGCCGUUUGCUGUGCUGGUGAAGCAGGGAGGAGCUCCCCAGCCCAGCCCCACAGCGCCCCAUGGCCACUACACCGUCACUGCCCUCAUCAAAACCAAACUGCUCUUCAAAACCCGCCCCAAGCCCAUCAUCACCCACGUGCCCAAGAAGGUCUGAGGGGAAGGAUGUGGGCUAUGAACUGUGAUCUGCUGCUGCAAAGAGCAGCAGGGACUUGGGGAGAUCCAGGACCUGCCCAGGGAACUUUGGGGCUGCUGGGUCCUGUGUCUAGACACCCAGAGCCCUUCCUGGGUCACUUGUCCCCCCCAAAAUGACUCUUUUCAGAGAGCAACCAAGCUUUUGGCCACAGACUUUGUGGAUCACCCCUGGGGACAUGACUCCUGGUGGGCAGGAUUAUCCUGUGAGCCUGGGCAGGUGUGUCCAGGCUGCCUACAGUGUCCAGCAGGUCCCAGGGAUCCAUGGAGGUGCCAGUGUGGAGGUGUCUCAUUCUACACCCUCCCUGCAGCUGUAGGGACACCAGUGCCAUGCAGGGACUUAGGACCAACCUCCCUCAAGUCAGGCAGGGGGACCAGGGACCCUCCCCCAAACACACCACGUGUCCUCACUUCAGUCUUUAUUUCCACAAUUCCAUCAGGAUAUAAAAACCAGCUUUUUCCGCCCGAAAUAUGGAAAAAAGUCCCCCUGGCAGGUUCAAAAAUAAAUAGAUUUACAAACCAUCUGCGACAAUACCAAAGAGCUACAAAAGUCUUCUAAAAAACCUUGUAUUAAAUUAAACAAAAACCAGCUAAAAGCUCCGUCAUAGAAAGGGGUUUUUAUCCAAGUCCUGAAAAAAGGACCCACAGGUGAACUCCCUGGGGAGGGGAAAGUUGGGAAGCACCUUGCCUAAAAUCCCCAUCUUCCCACUGUUGGGAAGGUAGUGGGGUGGGAGUGAUGGGGCUGUGGGUUGGCCAGAGCUGUGACAUGGCCCCAAAGGGUCUCCAGUAACACUCUGGCCAGCACACAGCCCCCUAAUUUUCCCAGUUUCUCCAUGCCAGGAUCCCCCCCUUGGCUCUUUGGCAAAGCUGAAGGACCCUGCUGCCCUCCUGGAGCAGCCAGACCCCCUGAAAGGCCUGGGGGGGCUCCCCAUGGGUACGUGCCCGCACGCAGCCGUGGGGCAGAGGCAGCACCAGCCAGCAGUGCCAGCACCAUGCUAGACAGAGACUGUGUGUCCUGGGGGUGGGAAGUGCUGUAGCACCAUGGAGGUGGGACUGAAAUCCCUGUAAAAAGCACCGGAGGGUGGAAAAUUCUGGAGUGGGGUGUGGGGAGCGCGGCCAGCAGCGCUCCACACCAGGAUGCUCCAUAGGGCACAGCUGGGAUGUAGCUGGCAGCACCUGGCUGGGUGAUGGGCAGCCCUGGCUCGGCUUCUCUGUGGCCAGCUUGGGAUGGAAAAAUGAAAAUAUAGGUAAAAUGUACA